UGUCCCUCGGACACAGCGGAUCACCGAUCCACGGAAAGAGCCGAAGAUGGCACUGAUCAGUGUGCCCUGAUGAUCAGUGUGGUGUGGCCCCAGAAGUGCCACCUGUCAGUGUCCAUCAGUGCCAGCUGUCAGUGCUGAACAGUGCCACGUACCAGUGCCCAUCAGUGCCACAUCAAUGCCACAUAUCAGUGCCUACCAGUGCCACAUCAAUGCCACAUAUCAGUGCCCAUCUGAGCUGCCCUUCAGUGUCACUCAUCAGUGCCAGUCAGUGCCACCUAUCAAUGCCAAUCAGUUCCACCUAUCAGUGCCGCCUAUCAGU